AUGAAUAGUGAAAUCGCUACCUUUAAAUUAUCACUAUUUGAUGAAUUUAUUAAAUCCUAUAAAUCUAUCAAUAGUUUAGUAUCAGAAGUAUCAGAGGCAUUUGAUCAAUUCUUACCAGCAUUGGAUAGGUUUUUUGAUCUUUAUGAAAAAUUAACAGAAAAUAAAAUGAGAAAUAGAGAUAUACUUAUGAAAUGGUAUAAAUCUGCUAUAGUAUCUAAUG